CAGAAAGAAAUCUCUUUUCUUCUGAUACUUAAAACACUUUUAACUUUCAUCUUCUGAUCUCUCUCUCUCCCUCUGUUACUUGUUGUUCCCUCGCUGCAUCACUCCUUCUUAGAUCUUCCAUUGACCGUUGACCCCUGAAUAACCUUUUUUCAGGCGAGACUAAAAGAACUUAUACAAGCAUUUAGUUUUUUUUCAGUGGAGUGUUUGGUUUUUGAGCUAAAUGAUUGACACACUAACUACAAGAAGAAGAAGAAGAUGACUAUUUACAUUCGUCGUAAAUCUUCCAAGCUGUGGAAGAGGUUUUGCUCUGAGAUAACAACGGAGAUUGGUCUUCUCGCUGAGAACUGGAAGUACCUUCUCGCUGGCAUCAUCUGUCAGUACAUUCAUGGUUUAGCUGCUAAAGGAGUUCAUUACAUUCAUCGCCCUGGACCGACUCUCCAGGAUCUUGGCUUCUUUCUUCUUCCGGAGCUUGGUCAAGAGAGAAGCUACAUAAGUGAAACCGUCUUCACUAGUGUUUUUGUUUCUUUCUUCUUGUGGACUUUCCAUCCCUUCAUCCUGAAAAGCAAGAAGAUAUACACCGUCUUGAUAUGGUGCAGAGUGCUAGCAUUCUUAGUUGCCUGCCAGUUUCUUCGUGUUAUAACUUUCUAUUCAACUCAGCUUCCUGGCCCAAACUAUCACUGCCGUGAGGGCUCUAAAGUUUCGACGUUGCCAUGGCCCAAAAGCCCUCCUGAGGUUCUCAAGAUUAACCCUCAUGGGGUGAUGUACGGAUGUGGAGACUUGAUUUUCUCAUCGCAUAUGAUAUUCACGCUAGUCUUUGUCCUCACUUACCACAAGUACGGCACCAAAAGGUUCAUAAAGCUGUUUGGGUGGCUCAUUGCUUUCGUGCAAAGCCUCUUGAUCAUUGCCUCUCGUAAACAUUACACUGUCGAUGUUGUUGUUGCCUGGUACACCGUUAACUUGGUUGUGUUCUGUCUGGACAAGAAAUUACCAGAGUUACCUGAUAGGACUACGGUGUUGCUCCCUGUAAUCUCUAAAGAGAGGACCAAAGAAGAGAACCACAAGUUGUUGAAUGGGAACGGUGUUGAUCCUGCUGACUGGAGACCGAGGGCUCAAGUGAAUGGGAAGAUAGAUGGCAAUGGAGUCCACACUGAUAAUAACUCAAUGAACGGCGCAUGAAAGCUUGCACCUGAUUUGAGACAAUAUCUAUAUUUGAAUACAGCUAAUCAAUGGCGUCAUGAAGACAUGUUGGUCAUUGUUCCAGAAAAGAAAAACACACUCAUAGAGAGAUGUUAGGGUUAUGCUAAUAUGUACAUUUUUUAGUUCCUUGACUCGCAAGUAAUCACGUUGUUUUUAUUUUAGGUCAAUUUUGUUAUAAGAAAUUGUGUUUGAUCUUUGAGACGAUGUUAUGCAUGUGUGUUUAUUUACCUCUCCAGCUUUGAACA